GAUAAUGUCGGCUGUCGCCUAACGGUGUUAUAUGCGAUUAUUUCUGUUAAUUUUCUUUUAUAUGGAUUUAAACGUUUUAUUCUUACUACGUGAUUUAAGUAGUAACGAUUUUGAUUGGGAAGGAUAAUUUCAUUUGUAACAAUAUGAAUAUCAUAUUGUGGAAAUUGGAAAUCACUGAUUUGCGCCUUAUGUAAUACCUAGGCAGAUCAUGGCCCCACCAACCUACACUGAAUUAGGCAAAAAUGCUCGUGAUUUAUUUUCUGAUGGGUAUCACUUUGGUUUAAUCAAGUUAGAUAUAAAAUCAAAGACCAAAUCUGGUGUAGAGUUUGCUACAGGUGGGGUAUCUAAUCAGGACACUGGAAAAGUAUUUGGUACUUUGGAAACCAAGUAUAAAAUUGAUGAUUAUGGAUUAAAAUUUAGUGAAAAGUGGAACACAGAUAAUACUCUUGCCACUGAUGUUACUUUCUCUGAUAAGUUGCUCAAAGGUCUUACCCUUGGCUAUGGCUGUACAUUUUCCCCACAGACAGGGACCAAGACUGGCAAAUUAAAGACAUCUUACAAACAUGAUAAUGUAUCUGCAACUGCUGAUUUUGAUCUUAGUCUUUCUGCUGGCCCUCUUGUAAAUGCAUCAUCCGUUAUAGGAUAUCAAGGAUGGCUGGCUGGUUACCAGGCUUGUUUUGAUACACAAAGAAACAAACUUACAAAGAAUAAUUUUGCGCUAGGAUUCAUUGCCUCUGACUUCACCCUUCAUGCUGCAGUAAAUAAUGGCUGUGACUUUAGUGGUCUCAUUUAUCAUAAGAUAAAAUCAGACCUGGAAGGAGCAAUUAAUCUUGAGUGGAACUCAAGUAAUAAUGUUACACAAUUUGGAAUUGCUACAAGAUACAAUCUUGAUGCAGAUGCAUCUGUCAGAGCUAAGAUCAAUUCCAACCUUCAAGUAGGUUUGGGAUAUCAACAAAAAUUACGUGAAGGUAUAACCUUGACACUGUCUACAAAUAUUGAUGGAAAGAACUUUGGUUCUGGUGGACACAAGGUUGGUCUUGCAUUAGAUCUUCAGGCUUAAAUCUGAUUGAUCACAGACACAAAAGGACUUGACUCACUAAAAGGUCAUUUCAUGACCUUUGUGUCAUAAAAGCAGCAUCACAGUACAUGCUUCAGAUAAAAUAUUGCCUAUAAAAUAUAGAUAGGUUUAUCCCGAAAUAGAUGCCACAAGAUAUCAUGCAUCAUUUAAAAAUAGUUAAAGGGGUAUUAGUUUAAAAUAUACACAAUUAUGAGUAUAAACAUGGUAUAGUAACAAUACCUCCUCAUGAACAGUGCGAUUCAUAACUCCUUAAAUGAAACAAAAGUGUACUAUCCUUUCCUCCAUAAUUCGUUUACAUUUGAUAUGGUGCAGCCUGUUACUAAUUCCUGUGGAAAGUUUUCAAUCUAAUAAUAAAGUCAAAGAUUACUCCAAACUUUAACAGAAAAGACAAAAAAAAUGCAUAAAACAAUGUUGAUUACAAUAACUGGUAAAGUUAAAUUAGAAAUAAAAUGUGUUUAAAUUUUUCUGGAAGUAUAUUUUUUAAGUAAUAAAUGUUAUCAAGUUGUGAAAUAAUUGUAAACUUUGCGGUCAGUUAAAAUAAGAAUGCAUAGCAUGCUGCACAUAUGUUUUUACAGCUGCAUCUUUAGUGUCAAUAACUGAAUUUCUUUGUGUAAAAAUAUUUGCACCUGAUAUGAUAGUAAAUAAACAGCUAAAUACAGGGACUUGAGAUUAAA